UCUGUUGGGUUGAGGCCGUCCAAUGUUACUCUUUCAUCGUAUCAGUCUGUUUUCUUGCCUUGCAGGACGAUACCAGCUCAGGCGUUUAUUAGGGAAGCGGCACCGCGGCACGCUCGUGCUCAGAACAUCUGUCUGUGCUGCCCAUCUGCAUCACGGCUCGUUCGCCGCUUCGGCAAUGGAAGAAGUUUUAAAAAGGACGGUCGUGCCUUUACCUGCCUAUGAAAUCCAACACAAAUCCCCUCUUGUCCCCGAGUCAAACUGUAUGGAGUUUAUCAACUUUUACAGAAGCCUGGAAACACCGCAAAAGGUGCCGUUUCUAGAGAAGCUCUCCCAGGAGUUCGGAGUGGAUCACCAGGCAGUGGCGGAGCUGGCACUAAAGCUGGUGGACUCCCCGAAGAGAGACGCGGCGACAGUGUUGCAGGCGGAGGACAGGCUGAGGUACUGCCUCACACCCCGCUACCAAGCGCUGUUUGGGCACAUCAGCAGGGUGGAAGGAGGAAUAAAGUUUUUGCUGGACCUGAGAGGCGAUGUCAUUGAGGCCUUGGACGCUAAAACCACAGAGAGUCCGCACAUCCAGGGCCUGAAUAGCAUUUUGAAGAGCAUGAUAUUGGAGUGGUUUUCUGUUGGACUGCUGAAACUUGAGAGAAUCACAUGGAAAUCCCCUUGCGAGCUGCUUCAGAAAAUUAGUCAAUAUGAGCGUUUUUAUCCAGUAAGAAAUUGGACUGACAUUAAACACAGAGUAGGGCCUUACAGAAGAUGUUAUGCCUUCACCAAUGGGGCAAUGCCAGGAGAACCUUUAUUGUUUUUACAUGUAGCUCUCACAGAGGAGAUCCCUGACAAUAUUCAGACAAUUUUUGGAGAGCGUAAUUCUCAGGAGAUAACAGAGGAUGAAACUAAAAUUAAAGCAGCUAUCUUCUACUCCAUCUCUUCCGCCCAUGUUGGACUUCCAGGUGAAGAACUUGGGUAUUACCUCAUUAAGCGGGCUGUCCGUGAACUCCAGAGUGAAUUUCCCUCCUUGGAUCAGUUUUCAAGCUUGUCUCCUGUACUUGGCUUUACAGUGUGGCUGCUUGGUCUUCUGAAUCAACAAAGGAAUGAUGGAAGAGGUAGAAAGAUACUGAUGGACUCCGAGUGGCGAGAGAUUGAAAGACUUGUUGGGAGUCCUGCUCCUGAGAGACUUCACAACCUGCUCAGCACGAACGAAUGGGUGCGCUCUGAAGAGCUCAUGGAUAUCCUUAAACCGAUACUCAUGCGAUUGUGCGGCUGGUAUGUCCAUGGGGAGAAACUUCGCAGCUACGCUUUAGAUGGGGCAGCAAAUUUUCACCUGCAAAAUGGAGCUACCAUAUGGAGGUUAAACUGGAAAGCAGAUAUGAGUCCUCGUGGUAUAUCGGCUUCUUGUGGGAUGAUGGUGAAUUAUCGGUAUUUUCUUCCAGAUACAGGUGCAAACAGUGCAAAAUAUUUCAGGUCAAAGGUUAUUGAAGCUUCUGAACAGAUCUUGAAUUUGGUUUCACAAUUUCAACAGAACAGCAAGCUUUAGGUAAUAUUAGCAGGUCCAUUGGGCACAUUGGUGAAACUUCCAUAUGAUAUUUCCAUAUUAACUGUGUGACAGUAGGGGGCACUAUCGCUCCCUUGAACCCUCAGGUAUCAUGCCAAACACCAGGUAAAAGUGCAAUAAUUCUUCUUUUUAUUAUAAUAAUUAUGUGCACCAAACACCCUCCACACUAUUAUACUCAUUAAACACAAUAAUAAUCAAUAAACCAAUCCUCCAACUCCCAGACACUUAGCCACCCUUCCUCCUAGCUCACCUCGCCGUCUGGGGGCUCCCACGGUCCUUUUAUAGUCCACGACCCGGAAGUGCUCCUUAACCUGCAGUCCAUGUGACUUCCUAGCACAAAUCAAAAC